GCAAAGAUAAUUUCUUGUUAUCCUUCCCAAAACAAAGAACCAAAGUUAGAGAUGAAGCAAAACCAGAUCAAAUCAAGAACUACAGGAGAGAACCUGCAGAUUCCCAUAAACUACUGGGCAGUUUUAUUGAAUCAGAGCUCAACAAAAUGGGCACUUCUUCCUGAUUCUGCUGCCACCCAACACCAUCUGUAUCCCUCUUCAAAACCAUCAAAAGUAAGAAAUGGUGCGGUGAGAUUAAGACCCAAGAUAACAGACAUUCUGAAGGGAAAGCUCAUCCUAGGGGCUAAACUUCUCCAAGCAGGUGGCAUUCAAAAGGUGUUCAAGAAAAACUUCAGGACUGUUAGAGACGACGGCGAAAAGCUGUUGAAGGCAUCUCAAUGUUAUUUAUCAACAACAUCUGGUCCAAUGCCUGGCCUACUCUUUGUUUCUACUCAUAAACUUGCCUUCCUUAGUGAUAGGUCAAUCAAAAUCCCUUCUUCAACUGGAAAGUCCAUGAGAAUGCAUUAUAAGGUAUCAAUCCCAAUUGCGAAAAUUAAGAGAGCAAAUGAAGUGAUAAUUUGAAGAAUCCAUCAGAGAAGUACAUACAAGUAGUCACAGAAGAUCAUUUUGAGUUCUGGUUCAUGUGGUUCCUACAUCAUCAAACAACCUUGAAAUAUCUCCAAGAUGCAAUUUCUCAAGCUCAGUAUCCUUAUUAGAAAUAUUAUUUUAUAUAAUAUAUACUUGUAAAAUGCUGACAAAGUUGUAGUAAAUCGGAAAUCAAAAUGCUGUUUAUAAAAUUGACUGAUUGAUUGUUGAAAAAAUUCUUGAAACUGUUAGGAAUAUUAUCCUAAUGCCUUUGCCCGGGAGAGUCUCUGUGAUAUACAAUUCAAUAUAAGGAUCUUGUAUUUAGUGGUACAAUUCUUCUUUUUUCAAUG